UCUGCGGGGCGGAGGUGGGCGGGGCGCCGGCCACGGAGGCUCCUCCGAGCGCCUCUCCCGGCGUCGCGUCUCCCCGGGUCGCCGCGCCUCCCCACGUUUUCACCCCGCCCAGCCUGGGCGCGCUCAGCCGACAGGUUCUUUCCUUGUCUCAGACCUUAGCCGGUCCAGCUACGUUUCUAUUGACUCUCGAGGCCAGAUGGGCGGGGCCUCUGGGCAUCCUGGAGCUGGUGCCUAGCAACAGAGGAGGCAGGCACUCAGGGAGUUAGCUCAACCCCGAGGCCAGUCUGGAAACCCGUCAUGACAGACAAACGCAAGGAGCCUAACAAUGCCCGCUCAAAGAAAAUCCCAAGGCUGCAGGUCCCUGAGGCCCGAGAGAAGACCCUGCAACGCAUCUUUGGGACCAGCCAGGUGUUCUACAGCAUUACUGACGUGAAACCAAGGAUGACAGGGUCAACGGUGCCUGUCAAAGUCAGAGAGUACUACCACCAAGGCCAUCAGUGCCUACAGCAGGAGGACUGGGAGAUGGCUGUGCUCUUCUUCUCCCGGGCUCUCCACCUGAACCCCAAGCUGGUUGAAUUCUAUAUUUUCCGUGCUGAAGCCUUCAUCCAGCUCUGCGACUUCUCCUCUGCCCUGCAGAACCUGCGCAGGGCCUACUCCUACCAGCCGGAGAACAGCAAGUACCUGGAGCGGCUGGCCUUCGUGCUCUACCUGCAGGGCCAGUGCCUGUAUGACCUGUGCGACUUCCAGGAGGCCCUGUAUAUCUUCUUGCAAGCCUCUGAUCUGCAGCCCCAGAACGCCUCCUACAGUUACCGCUGCGUAGCCUGCCUGCUGGCCCUCAAUCGGCAUCAGGACUGCCUCUCACUCGUCACCAGGGAGGUGAAGCAAGGCAGGGCCAGUGCAGACAUCUACAUCCUCCGGGCCCGGAUCUACAACUUCUUCCAGAAGCCCAAGCUCUGCUAUCAGGACCUUAGAAGCGCCUUGCUCUUGGAUCCUGAGCACCCACAGGCCGAAGGGCUGCUCCAGAUGAUGGUGGACCAGGCCAAGCACUGCCUCCAGGACGCCAGCAUCCUGGCCGUGCAAGGCAAACUGCACCGUGCACUGAAACGUAUCAGCUGUGCCAUUGAGAACAACCCGCUGGACCCCAACCUCUUCCUCUUCCGGGGUACCUUGCACAGACGGCUCCAGCAAUUUGACCCAGCUGUGGAAGACUUCCUGAAGGCGCUGGACAUGGUGACUGACAGCCGAGACACCCUGGCGCAGAAGGCACAGCGCCAGCUGCUGCUGACCUACAAUGACUUUGCCGUGCACUGCUACAUCCAGGGCGCCUAUCAGGAGGGUGUGCUGCUGCUGAACAAGGCCAUCAGGGACGAGCAGAACGAGAAGGGCCUGUACAUCAACCGUGGGGAUUGCUUCUUCCAGCUGGGCAACCUGGCCUUCGCGGAGGCGGACUACAAGCAGGCGCUGGCACUGAGCCCACAGGACGAGGGAGCCAACCUACGGAUGGGUGUGCUGCAGGAGAAGAUGGGAUUCUGUGAGCAGACUCGCAGGCAGUUCCAGAGAGCGGAGGACCACUUCUCAACAGCCAUAAAGCACAACCCAGAGAAGGCCCAGUACUACCUGCACCGGGCCAGGAGCCGAAAGCUGCUGCAGAACACUUUGGGGGCCCGCCAGGACAUUGCCACUGUGCUGCUCCUGAACCCCAACCUUCCAAAGAUAACCCCAGUGAUGACCAACCUCUUUCCUGGUAUGUCUGUGGAGGAAGUGCUUAAUAGCCAAGUGGCCCAACUGGCCAAGCUCCAGCUCAGUCAGAUGAUACAAAGUGGUCCGAAGGCCAGCCACCCACAAAGCAUCGUGGCGAAGAGGCUAAUGGAGCGCCAGAAAGCCCGAGCCUUGAUAGAAUCCAGGAGUUGGGAGCAGCUUUUCACUGGUAUCCCAGAAGAGGAAGGAGCUACUCCCCAGACCCCGCAGGGAAAGACCCUGAGAGAUAAGACUGAUCUCAGGAGAGAGGGAGCAGAGGAGAAAAAGGUGAAGAUCCUCAGCAAGGUGUCAUCCCUGUCGGACAGCUACGUGGACCUGACCUCCUCAGGCUCAGUCUUCAGCAUCCUGAGCCUGAGCACCUCAGGGAUGGAGGAAUCAGCCAGUCAGGAGUAUAAGAGCACUUCCAACACAGCUGCACUGUCCUCUGAACGCUUGCUGCCUCAGAACUCAGACCCCAGGGAGCACAGAGACAGCCUGAGCCUGAGCAGGGCCCCCAAGGUCACCCAGUUCUCUGAGAACCUACGCCAGAGCUUCGUUGAAAGCAUACCUGCCCAUGAUCAAAGACGUCACUCCAGCAAGGCAGAGGCCACCCAAAGCCCACAGACAAAGCCCAGGAAGACAGAGCCUUCCCAAAGCCCAGGAAGACAGGGCCCCAGCCAGAGCUCUAGCGUAACAGAAGCCACGGAGUACCCAAAGCCCAGAAAGAACAGGCCUGCCCUAACCCUGAGGCAGAGGCUCAGAAGAGCCAAGGCUGUUCGCGCCCAGAGCUGGAGACCCAAGGCCAAGGGCAACAGCCAGAAGCUAACAAAGACUUCCAGUGGGCUUUCCAAUGUUGGGGGCAGGAGCAUCAAUAGUUUGAGCAAGGCCCAGGACCAGAGUCCAGCACCCAGUAAGGCUGAGGAUAUCUUAAGCUACACUAACAGUACAGGAACAAGUUCCAGCAAUACUGACUCCUUGGAACCGAGCUUACAGCUCAGCAAACGCAAGCAUUCCAAGGACCAGAGCCCGAGCCCUGAGAAGACGGAGGUUUCACCCACCUCUACCAACUAUGCUGCUCCGGGAAACGGCCAGUGAAGGCCUCACUGAGGAGAGAAUAUUUUGCCCGACACCCAGCUUUCAGAAGAGCUGCCUCCUCCAAGGGCAACAAGCAAGCCUGGUCAAUCCUCCAAUCCCAUGGCUAAAUUUAUUAUUCCUGUUCUCUUCCCGUGCAAAAUUAAAAACUUCGAAAUCCA